AAAUUAUCUCCCUGCCAAUCGCUAAACAAAGUCAUAUUUUCAAUUUUAUUUUGAAGCCAUGGCUACUUGCAUGAAUGGAAACAAAAUCGCUUGGGAACUACAUAAUGAUGGAUGCACUGUUGUUCAAUAUGGCAUAAAGAUCGAGUCUACAAAGGCUAAGCCAAGACCAAAGUAUUUUAACAACAUACUAGAAGUAAAUGGCAACACUCCGCUGUCGAAGCUCAACAAAGUCAUCAAAGAAAAAUCAAUAAAAUGCAAUAUUUAUCUAAAACUCGAGUAUCUCAAUAUUGGCGGUUCUUUAGAAGAUCGUGCUGCAAUUCGCAUGAUUGAGGUGGCCGAGCAGAAUGGAUUGAAGAAAGGAGAGACUGUGAUUGCCCCUGCUAGCGGAAACAGUGCCGUAGCCAUAGCCCUCGUCUGUGCGGUUAAAGGAUACAAAUGCAUAAUCGUGACUCCUGAUAGGCCUUCACAUGAUAUUGCCGAUGUACUAACCGCUCUCAAUGCACAACUAAUUCGUACUAACAAUGGCGCAAAACCAGAUAGUUCUGACUCUCAUUUUGCCUAUGCCAGAAUUAUAGCGAAAGGAAUUCCAAACUCCUAUUUUCUGGACGAGAAUGAAUGCGGAGCAAAUGCUCUAACUCACUAUGAAACGACAGCUAAUGAAAUUUCAUCGGCUCUAAAUAAUAUUGACAUGGUCAUAGUGCCUGUACGAACUGGCGCAGCUCUGACUGGAAUUUCUAAAUUCUUCAAACAACACCACCCUAACACAAAGGUUUACGGUGUCCGUAGUCAUGAUACAGCAUUUCCAUCCAUACCCGAACUUAGCACUGGGGAACUACCACAUGUUGCUGAUUUCAAGGAUGUAGCCGGAAUUGAAGAAGUCACAGCUAAGGAAGCCUUCUUGAUGGCACGCAGGUUGAUAAAGGAGGAAGGAUUGAUGGUUGGGCCAUCAUCAGGUGCAGGAGUCUGUGCAGCCUUCAAGCUCGCCGAAUCUUUGCCCGAAGGUCGCAAUGUCGUUGUUGUGGCUCCCGAUGGUAUAAGAAACUACAUGAACCAGUUUAUCGAUGACGAAUGGCUCAUCAAAAACAAGAUCAUCACCGAAAGCCAGAAGAAAACUAUUACUCCGAAAGAAAAAUUCGAUCCCAAAGUGUUGGUAUAUGACCCAACAACGCUGAAUGGAGAAUGGAAGCAAGACGAGGUCACUAAGAAGUGGACAAAGUGCUGUCGUCAAUUCAAACCAUACAGACCGCAGCGUCCAGCAGUGAUGAGGAAUGUGCUUGAAGCUGUUCACAACACUCCGUUGGUGAAACUUAAUAGAGUUCCGAAAGAUAAUGGAGUCAAGUGCAAUAUGUUUGCCAAAUGCGAGUACUUCAAUGCUGGUGGCUCUACGAAGGACAGAAUCGCCCUCAGAAUGAUUGAGCUGGCCGAGCAAGAGGGAAUUCUAAAACCUGGAAUGACCUUGAUCGAACCGACUUCUGGCAAUACUGGCAUCGGAUUAUCGCUUGCAGCUGCUGUCAAGGGAUACGGCUGCAUAAUUUGCAUGCCAGUGAAGAUGUCGAAAGAGAAAGCAUUGACGAUGGAAGCUUUGGGAGCCGUCAUUGUGAGAACUCCAAACGAGGCCGCAUUCGACUCUGCUUAUUCGCACAUAGGUGUUGCACUACGUCUUCAGGCUGAAAUCCCUGGAGCGAUCAUUUUGGAUCAGUAUCGCAAUAUGGGAAAUCCAAUGGCACACUACGAACAAACAGCUGAAGAAAUAGUCGAUGCGUUGGACGGAAAAGUCGAUUAUGUCGUAGUUGGUGCUGGUACAGGUGGAACAGUGACUGGUAUCGCAAAGAAAGUCAAGGAAAGAGUCCCUACUUGCAAAGUAGUGGGUGUGGAUCCAGAAGGAUCAAUUCUGGCUGAAGGGCAUGGUGAAACUGGUUUCUACGAAGUAGAAGGAGUCGGCUAUGAUUUCAUACCAGGAACCCUGAAUAGAUCCGUCGUCGAUAAGUGGCUGAAAUCCACUGAUAAGGAAUCCUUCGAAAUCGCCAGAGACAUGAUCAUGAAGGAGGGUAUACUCUGCGGUGGAUCAUCCGGUUCGAAUGUCCAUGCUGCUUUGGAGGUUGCGCGUAAUCUUCCAGCCGACAAAAAUGUCGUGGUUGUUCUACCUGAUGGUAUUAGGAAUUAUCUCACAAAGUUCCUGAACAACGAAUGGAUGGCCGUUAGACACUUCAACGUGAACGAAAACAUCUAAAUCAUUAGCUGUUGGCAAUUGCACAAAGCGUCUUCGAUAAAACCUUGAGGAAAUCUUAUUGUUAGUAACAUAUUCUCAUUAUCUAUGCUGCAAAUAAUAUCAGGCUACAUAUUCUGUGAAUGAUAGCACUGAAAUAGUAUCAUUUGCGUUGUUGUGCGAUCUAUUUCAAUCGUAUUGGUUUUUCUUUUUAUGCGGUGGGAUUCACUUGAUAAAACAUUUAUUGAUA